AUGGAUCACCCCGAACACCCCACCACCGGGGAAGCCGACACCAAACGGCCCAAGAAACUAAUCUUCGCCCCAGGAGAUAUCGCUUCACCCGACAACAAGCCCUCACCCCCAGCCACGCCCCCCGACGUGCCCUCCUCCGCCGCCACACGCCUCGUCGCCGAAUCCCUCCGCUCCGAAACUAGCACCCCCAAUUCCGUCCAGGAGACACAGAUCGUCUCACACCCCGCCCGCGCCCACCAGUUCGUCAGUAACCCGCCGCUCACCGUCUCGCAGAUGCACCCCACCAACCCACUGCAUCAGUUCAAUACCUGGUUCCGCGAUUCCCGGCUUCCUGCGUCCUCCGCGCCCGAAACCUGUACUCUGGCUACGGCGUCAUUGCCGGAGGGCCGUGUUAGCGCGCGCAUCGUGUACCUGAAGGAACUGGAUGAGCGGGGUUGGGUGGUGUAUAGUAACUGGGGUAGUCGAGAGGGAAAGGGAGGGCAGGUAUUCGGCACUACAUCGAACGGAACAAACAGCGAGGAUGUAUUACGCGCCAUUCCCGAACCCGAAUCAAACCUCCAAGAAGAGCUACAACUCGACCAAGUCGGCAACAAAUGGGCCGCAUUGACGUUCUGCUGGUCGACGCUGGAACGCCAAGUCCGCGUCGAAGGCCUCGUCGAGCCGCUCAGUCGCUCCGAAAGCGAACUAUACUGGCGUACGCGCGAACGAGGCAGCCAGAUCGGCGCCUGGGCUAGCUGGCAGAGUAAAGUACUUUGGGAGACGGAGCCGCAUCUGCUGAUUGAUCGGCGAAGGAAGAGCCUGGCGGCCGACAAGGUGACGGGUGUCGUGCCCGCCAUUCCGGGGGAUGUGAACGAAACGGAUAUUGACGAUGGACGGGCGCUGCUGGAGCAGCGUGUGCAGGAGAUGGAGGCGCGGUUUGCAGAUACGAAGGAGAUUCCCCUGCCCCCGUUCUGGGGCGGGGUGAGGAUCGUGCCGGAGUCGGUGGAGUUUUGGCAGGGGAGACGCAGUCGACUGCAUGAUCGGUUUCGAACAACAGACACACACACGUCCUCCCUCGCCGCCUCCCUCCUCUCCCUCUUCAACGCUGAUCUCGACCAGCAUCCGUUCGUGGAGGUCGUUAUUAGAGGUAUAUUCUUCGGCCUAAACCUCCUCAGCAACAUCAUAAUGUGGGCGCUCUUCACACGAGCACUGACCGCGUCGCCCUCCACAACAAAGGUCUCGAUCACGAACACGUCGGCGAAUUUCCUCGUCACGGCCGUUCUGGGCAUGCUUGUCUUUAAGGAGAAUGUGGCGCCCUUGUGGUGGGUUGGCGCGGGACUGAUGGGUGGGGGUUGUGUGCUUGUGGGCAUGAGGGAUCAAUAA